CAUAGGGCAUCCUCCAGCUAGAGCAUCACCAAGGGAACACCACAGCACGCGCAGCCCAACCAGCACAGCUCCCAUCCAAGCAAAUUAACCAACAGAGAUGGCCCUCCGAUCCCACAUGCUGCUGGCCGCUGUUGUGCUCUGCGGCCUGACUCUAACACUCGCUUUGCCAGGUGAUAUCCCAAGAUGGUGCCGCUGUCGACGCACCACCAAUAACUUCAUCAGCCCAAGGCACUUCCAGAAACUGGAGAUUAUGUCCCCGGGAGCCUACUGUCGCCAGACAGAGAUCAUUGUUACACUGAAGAACGGGAACACAGUUUGUAUUGACCCUGAGGUCAAGUGGAUCCACAAAGUCAUUAACAAGUUUGUGAACAGUAAGGCAAAUGUCAACACUACACAGAUCCCCACAACUGUCUCCACUGCUCAAGAAGAUGUAAAGGACAUUGGGACAAGAGUUUGACGAGGCUAUGAAGCACGGUUGAUUUUCUCACUCUAGAGGAAAGACAUAUUAGUCAAAGAGAAACAUUUUCAACCGAGCUUGAUGGAACUGUAUAAGAAUGAACAUUUGGUUUGUAUUUCAAACGUGUUACUCUGGUUGACAACAUCUACCUUUGUUCCCAUUUAUCUUCAGAGACUUUUUUGAAAUAAUAUUUUUCUACUUUUCUGAUAUUUUUGUAUUUUCUAUACUUCUAUUCCAUGUAUAUAAUUAUGUGUGAAAAACUUUUGGAUAACAAACAAAUAAAACACAAAGGUUCAUAA